AAACAUUUUUACCGAUCCUCCGAGAUAAUGCGGACAAGGAAUGUGCUUAAGCCUCUAUUCUAUCAACCGCAGUAUCUUCUGAAUUUCUAUUGCAAAACCUAAAUUCCAUCAUCCAACGCCUCAGCCUUGCAGACCGCCUACGGUCUUAACUACUGGAUCCAUCAUCAAUUUGCGACUCAGCCUGUUUAGGAAAUACUCAGUGUCACAAUUGAGUUCAGCCUAAGGAUCAGUCCUUCUGUCCUCGAAUUUUCGAGAGUCAAUUCCAACACACGCGCAGCGCAAUUCGCCCAGCAGCCAAUUUCUUUGUCAACUCCGCCGAGAUGGAUUACGACCCCAUGGUAAUGGACCAGGAGUCCUCGGGACCUCAAGUCAAGAUCACAGAGGUAUAUUUUCCAUUUUGCUAUAGUUGACUUGAAUGAUUGGGAAGCUCAUGCGCAUUAUGUCAUAGGCUGGUUCACAUCACGUCGACUUUGAACUAUCCAAUGUAGACCUCUCCUUUGCAAACUCGCUCCGUCGAACAAUUCUCUCCGAAGUUCCAACAAUUGCCAUCGAUCGAGUACAAAUUGAAGCCAAUACGUCAGUUCUAGCUGAUGAAUUUAUCGCCCAUCGACUCGGUCUCAUCCCACUGAACUCCAAAAACUGUGAUGAUGUUAUUUACACUAGAGAUUGCGAUUGCGAUGGAAACUGUGAACUUUGCAGUAUUACACUUACUCUUCACGCGAGAUGUACGGGAGAUGAAAUUAUGAAAGUUUAUGCUCGCGAUUUGGUGGUAGAUCCUCAACGUGCUAAUAAAUGGGUUGGGAAUCCGGUCAUCACUGAUCCCGAUGGACUUGGACCCGUCAUUGCCAAAUUAAGAAAGGGACAGGAGUUACGCAUGAAGUGUAUAGCCUUGAAAGGUAUCGCAAAAGAACACGCUAAAUGGGCACCUACAGCUGCUGUGGGCUUUGAAUAUGAUCCACAUAACAAAUUGAAGCAUAUCGAUUUGUGGUAUGAACAUGAUGCUGCAAAGGAGUGGUACGUAAAUGAUCUUUUAGUGGGACUGAUGGAUUAUGCUUACUUAGCCACUAUAGGCCUAAAAGUAAAUAUGCAGAUUGGGAAGAACCGCCUCAAGAAGGCGCUCCAUUUGAUUACGACGCCGUACCAAAUAACUUUUACUUUGAAGUCGAAUCUAUCGGUAACCUAGAGCCUGAUGCCAUUAUUCAACAGGGUAUUAAAGUCAUGCAACAAAAAUUGGCUGCGGUCCUUCAAGAUCUUACUGAGGGUGAUGGACAAGCUAAUGGUGGGUAUGAUGCGCCUCAAAGUCCGGAUGUCGGUAUGAAUGGCCAAGGCUGGCAGGACGCAGGUUAUACUACACCUUAUGGCGGGGGUAAUGCUUGGGCUGGUGCAGGUGGUGCAGCUACUCCAUAUGGUGCAACUCCUUAUGGUCAAAAUGGUCAAAAUGGGUGGUAGAAAUUAUCAGUUUGAGGUUGAGGGGAAUCUGUGAUGAAGUACCGAAUACUUGGUUUGGUCUCAUAAUGCCGGAUUCAUUCAGAUGUUUUGCAUCUUCGUACAUCUCUUACCUCUGGACCGACACACCUUGAUCUCGAAAGAGCGCGAUAUUGAAGAAGCAUCAAUUUUCCUCCUAUCUAGCAGCUGCAUACACAAAAAUCGAGCAAUCCACUUCUCGCAUUCAUUAGAUGUACGGACAGCUCAAAAUCAAAAUCAAAAAUCCAGUAAUUACAUAAAAUAAAGUGUACAACGAAUAAUGCAUAAUUGCAUACAAUGGAGAUGACCGGCAUCGGAUGGAUAGGAUUGGCGUUAUAGGAAGUGGAUAGGACGUUGAUAGGAAUUAUACAGUUACGUUAACUAUAUGAAAGUAUGAAAGUAGGGAUAUGAUAUGUUUGAUAGCAGUCAUCCAUAAAACACUAUUCGAGUCUUUUAGAUU